UGCCGCCUCCGAACCUAGGUCCUAAACCCCAGCGCCCGCCGUAUCUCGCCGCCAUGGCCGACGCCGCCGAGCAGUCCCAGUACGGCGAGCGCCUAUCGCAUAGCGCACCCGUCGGAUCCCGGCGCACCUACACCCCGUACCACCCUGAGGGCCUCAACCUCCCAUCGUGCCGCACGAUCUACGACCUGCCGACCUCGCCGGAGGUUCUCUUCCCUGAGGAGACCCGCACCUGGGGCAGGAACCUCACGCUCUCCCCCGGCUGUGGGUACGUCGCCGGUGCCGCGGCGGGGGCCGCCACGGGGUUCAAGCGCGCGGUGGCGGAGGCGGAGCGCGGCGAGUUGUUCAAGCUGCGCACCAGCCGCGUGCUCAACCACUGCGGCUCCGUGGGACGCCGGUACGGCAACCAUGUCGCCUUGAUCGGGCUGCUCUUCGCGGGGACCGAGUGCGCCGUGGGCAAUCUUCGCGACGCUGACGACUGGCGCAACAUCAUCGCCGCAGGGUUUGGAACCGGCAUGCUCUACCGUGCACCUUCGGGCCCGCGAUCCGCCAUCUUUGGUGCCGCAGGCGCAUGGCUGCUGCCGCCGUCGCAGGGAACCAGUGUUGUUUGCAUUGAAUUUGAUCCUCAUGUUGCUCUUCUUUGUGUGGAUAACCUGUCCAAAUAUCAACUGUUGUAUCCAGUUUUACUCUUGCCUAGGCGCCAGUUGCAUUAUGCCAUCAAUGUCCAAGGCAAGACAUACUGA